AUGGCAGUCGCGCCUGACGCACGUCGCCCACGUACGGAACUCCGUUCAUACUCCCCGACCUACACGCUCCCCCCUUUCAAGGCUGUUUAUGCGGAUUACGUCGUGUAUGAGCAGCAUCGGCACGAAUUCAUGAAUCAGCCGCGUGCAAGAGCCGCACUUCUUCAUGGCGGGCUCGUAUGGAGGCUGGCUUUGCAUAGCUUUGGUGUCGAUGAUCUUCCCUCCGUUCUCGAGGGAAUUUCACAGGAAGCUGUUCCGUUUGGCCUCAUGUUGCCAAUCAAUGACCAGACUUACUUUGACGAUGAGUUGUCGGAGGAGGAGGUGGAUUUCAUGUGCGGCACGUAUUAUUCAUACAACAACGACGGCACUAUGGACAAGGUCUCUUGGUGGCCGAGACCUCAGGCCUGGGCUGCCUCAGGGUUGAAUGUGGGAUUCUGGUCCACGCGAUGCGAAGAGUGGUUCCAGAAACGCCUCGACAACAUUCGACAGGGUGUCUCUAGAAUUCGCAAUACACCCGUCAACGACGAUAACGGUCCAAUGACCGCCACUCGGUGGAAACGUUCGCUCAAGUUUAAUCCGGGGACGAACAAAAUGAUGAAAAACGUUGACGCGGCGUGUUCCCAAUUUCUCGCUAACAACGCAACUGGUGAGACUGAUUUUGCUGUCAUUAUUCGUGCGUUUCUGAACGAGCUCCCACUUAGUUUUCGCGGAGAAUUAGCGUUAUACCGGAUCGCAACAUAA